CAAUCUUCCCUCUCCCAAUCUCUCACUCUUAACCAAUUUCACUCCCUGGUCUUGUCCCUGGAGUGGAAUCAGACCUAGCUCCAGAUCUCUACCAUCCAAAAAAAACCUCCAAACACCCGAUUAUAUGCACAGACACAUAUAACAUACUGUAUAACCCCUUAAUCAUCAUCCAUCAUCCAUGCCACCACUCCCACCCCCGUCCACAGGAGGACUAUCGACAUGGACACCACGAGUGAUCAACUAUUUCCAAACCUAUCACCACAAUGGAGAAUACAUCUCGCUAUUACCUUUAAUAACCCAUCCCUGUGGAACCACACAUGUCAUCCUCGCUGCCAUCCACAUCAACUGGGAUCCAAACAAUCUAACCCUCAACGACGACCCACCCUCACAUCCCAAAUACACUCAACUAUGGGACGAAGUGGUCGUGUUACAAGACAGCGGCAUCAAAGUCAUGGGCAUGAUCGGGGGAGCCGCGAGAGGCACGUUUGCGCGCCUCGACUACUCGGAAUCACGCACCGAUGUGCCAUUGGCUCGGUUUGAAGCGUAUUACGGUCCCUUACGGGAUAUGAUUCGACAGUAUGGGUUGGAUGGAUUGGAUUUGGAUAUUGAAGAAGAAAUGUCCCUGGCGGGUGUCAUUCACUUGAUUGAUCGAUUAAAGGCGGAUUUCGGAGAUGGAUUUAUUAUCACGUUGGCACCCGUGGCCACGGCGCUGAUGGCCGGAAGGAGACAUUUAUCCGGGUUUGAUCAUCGGUUGUUGGAGGCGGCGAGGGGAAAUCAGAUCGCUUGGUAUAAUGCCCAGUUUUAUAAUGGCUGGGGAGGAAUGAAUGAUACGGCGGCGUAUGAUGAGAUUGUGAGGAAUGGUUGGAGUCCCAGGAAGGUGGUGGCGGGCAUGCUGACGCAUCCGAAACAUGGUGGAAGUGGUUAUGUGCCUUUGGAGUUGUCGGCGGCGGUUUUGAGUCUCUUGGUGGAAAAGUAUCCUGAUUUCGGUGGUGUCAUGGGUUGGGAGUAUUGGGAUGCGUUACCCCAGGAGGAAAAUUGUUGGAUGUGGUCCUUUUGUAUGUGUUUGUGUAUGGGCAUGAAAAAGUUCAGGGAUGCAGCUGUGAUUGUCACCAUGGGGAGAAGAAUGGCUGGUCUUCAGUUGCAGAGAUGACAACUGAUUCUUCAAGCAUGCUCAAGCAUUCUCAAGCGUCGCCAAAUCCCUCAUAUUGCAUUGGUCCUUCUAUAUUCGUCUACAACAUCAUAAUAUGCAUCUCUGG